CACAAGUACUCAACCUAAAACACUAAUUAUAUUUUGUCCGGUAGAAGGUUCACAUUUAGUUUUUCAUCUCUCCAUUAUGACCAUUGAUAUAAUAAGGAAGACUGAAUCCUCUCAGUCAGAGGUCUACACAGCAAACCCGACCUUAUCAAGCUUAGAUCUUCUAGGACGUUUGUCGAGGAAAGUGACAUUAUACAGUUCAAUCCUACAAGCGAAGCCAUUAGGGGGGCAGUGUUAUCGAGCCUUAUCAAGCAUAAUUUUGAAGAAGCAACGCCAUCAUCGCCGCCGUGAGCCAGCCGCCGGUCGUCAUCCCUGCUGUCCGACCUCCGCCUCCAACGUCGCGCCUCGCCACUGGACGUCGCCUCCCCUACCGGCGACCAUCAUCAUCGCCGUCGAGUCCAAUCGCCGCCGCUGCUUUCUUCGUCGGUCGUCUGCCGCCGUCGAGUUGCAGCGCUGCCAGUCGCUGCCCAGCGCCGCCGAGUUGCACCUUCGCCUUAGCACAGCCGCCAUCAUCGCCGACGAACUGCCAGCGCCGGUCGCCCUUCCCCAGCCAGUCGCCGCCGCUGCUUCCUUCGCCAGAGGACUGCCGUCAGCAUCAGUGCCGCCGACGACGGUUCACCUCGUCGUUCUGCCGGACGUCGCCUCCACUGCCGGCGUGAUCAGACAGAUGAACCUAGAGCCGAUCCCAGAGGGCAUUGAGGAGGAGAUGUACGAUGGCGUGGCUGUCUCUUUAAUCUGUUGAUUAUGCUUUAUUUAAUUAACUUUAAUGCUUAUUACGUUUUCAGACAAGAUCCCAAGUUGUUUGACUUUAAAAAGGCUUCCGCAUUAUUUUAAAUUACUCCGAUGGAUUUUUAUAUGUAUUGAUAGAACGUUUGUUUAAAAUUGUUUUGAAAAUGUUGUAUAUUCGGAUGCCAAUUCAGUGGCACACCGGUCUGCUAUUUCACGGGUUUGGGUUACGCGGGUUGGGGUGUUACAAGAUGAGUCAACGGCUAUUUAUAAUAAUAGAAGGUGAUGUGA